AUGUCAUCUCAUCCUCAAGUAGUUAAACGACAAGAUAGUGCUUCUAUCCAUCCUUUUCCAAAUCCAUCUAUGGUUUCUAUUGUUCUUGGUGCUCAAUGGGGUGAUGAAGGAAAAGGCAAAUUAGUUGAUCUACUUGCAUCUGAAGCUGAUGUUGUUUGUCGUUGUCAAGGUGGAAAUAAUGCUGGACAUAGUGUUGUAGUUGAUGGUGUUGAAUAUGAUUUUCAUAUGCUUCCAUCAGGUUUUCAUCUACAAAAUUGUGUUAAUAUCAUUGGUAAUGGUUGUGUUGUUAAUUUACCGGAAUUAAUGGAAGAAAUUCAAAAGAAUGAAUCUCGUGGUAUUACAAAUUGGUCAGAUCGAUUAUUCAUAUCUGAUCGAGCACAUCUUGUUUUUGAUUUUCAUAAACAAAGUGAUGGUUUUAUUGAACGAGGACGUGGUAAAAGUAGUCUUGGUACAACAAAAAAAGGUAUCGGACCAACAUAUUCAUCGAAAGCUAUACGAAAUGGUAUUCGUGCAGGUGAUUUAAUAGGCGAAUUUUCUAUUUUUGCUGAUAAAUUACGAAAUCUUUAUAAUUAUUAUAAAUUAACAUUUCCUGAUUUGGAUAUUGAUAUUGAAAAAACAAUUGAACAAUUUAAACAAUUUGCUGAAUAUUUUCGUCCAAUGAUUAUUGAUACAAUAGCUUAUUUAAAUGAAGCUAUAAUUGAUGGUUCAAAAAAAAUUCUUGUUGAAGGUGCUAAUGCUACAAUGCUUGAUAUUGAUUUUGGUACAUAUCCAUAUGUAACAUCAUCGAAUUGUAGUAUUGGUGGUGUCUGUACAGGUCUUGGUCUUGCACCAAAAUAUAUUGGUGAUAUAUAUGGUGUUGUAAAAGCUUAUACAACACGUGUUGGUGAUGGUGUUUUUCCGACAGAACUUAAAAAUGAAAUUGGUGAACAUUUACAAACUCGUGGACGUGAAUGGGGUGUAACAACAGGUCGAAAACGUCGUUGUGGUUGGCUUGAUCUUGUUUUACUUCGAUAUACAACUAUGAUAAAUGGUUUUACAGCUUUAUGUUUAACAAAACUUGAUACACUUGAUGAAUUAGGUGAAAUUAAAAUAGCAACAACAUAUAAACGAAAUGGAGUUGAAUUACCAAAUUUUCCGGCUUCUGUUGAUACAAUGCAUGAUAUUGAAGUUGAAUAUGUAACAUUUCCUGGUUGGCGUGGACGUUCAACAUCGGACUGUCGUACAUUUAAUUCACUUCCACGUAAUGCACGUCUUUAUGUUCAAUUUAUUGAACAAUUUCUUGGUGUACCUGUGAGAUGGAUUGGUGUUGGUAAAGAUCGUAUGGCAAUGAUUCGUGUUUUUUAA